CCCCCGGCUUGCAGCUGCUGACAAGAUUAUAGUCUAGGGCUGCUGAUCUGUUUUGCUCUGCUCCGAGCACUGCUGAGGGUAACGGGACAGAACGGGCCCUGCUGUGAAGCUCCUGAGGAUGUCUGAAGGGAACUAUAUAGAGCCAAAGCCAGGAGACCUGAUAGAGAUUUCCCGUUUGGGUUACCAGCACUGGGCCAUCUAUGUGGGUUCUGGUUAUGUCAUCCACAUGGCUCCCUCAGAUGACUUAGGCCAGGCGAGUGCUUCCAGCCUCAUGUCCGUCGUGUCCGAAAAAGCCGUGGUGAAGAAGGAGCUCUUGUGGAGCAUCACCGGGGAUGACGUCUGCCGAGUCAAUAACAAAUACGACCGGAAAUACCGCCCGCUGCCUGCCAGCCAAAUUGUCCAGGAGGCAGAGUCACUCUUGGGCAAGGAACUCCGCUACAGCGUGGCCAGUGAGAACUGCGAACACUUUGUCACUCGACUGCGCUACGGCACAGCAAGGAGUGACCAGGUGAGAGACACCUUGGUGGCUGGCACCGUGGGCCUCGUCGGCGUAGGGGUGGUGGCUGCUUUGGCCACCGUGAUCAGCAGUCUCCUCUUGCCCAGCAAACGUGAAGAGAAAUGAAUGCCUCCUGCUCCCCGACUUGGACUGAGGCUUCUCCCAUGCCUGGAAACCUUCUCCUCCAUGAACUGUGCCCUUUCCCUCCUCGAUCCUGUGUUUUGCAGGCCUGGAUAUCAGCCUAAUUCAUGAUAUACAUCAGAAAACGUUGCAUUUUAAAAAGGUUCAAACCUGGUUCAACAGGUUCAAACCUGGUUCAAACAGGUUCAAACUGCUGCCAAGGUUCAAAUAUUAUCGAUUUUGUCAUUGCCGUUUUCUCCUUUCGAGAUUGUGAAUAUUUUCAAGGACUGCUUAUAAAACUGAGUUUCAUACUUGCGUAGGGGCAGCCCUGAAAUUCCUCUUCAGACGUCAUGGCGUCGGUGUCCACGUGGGCGCGUUUGAAGAGGCUACCGGUCCUCUCCAACAGGAGUGUGCUACUCUACAAGCAUUGAACAUAAUGUGUGAAUAUUGAGAACACAAUGUUUGAAUACAUGUAUGUGCGUUCAGAUCUGUACACCCUACACAGAACAUGUGUUGAACAUACGUCCAGGCAGUGGGCUGUAAACAGGGCUAAUACUAUUGAUUCCAUUUCUGUCUCUGCCUCCCUCCCAGAAGCACAGGGUGGCUACAGCACCCCCCCACUCCAUUUUCACAACAACCCUGUGAGGUAGGUGUGGCUUACAGGAGGACUUCCCGUUGGCUUCCACUCUUGUUCUGUUUGUAUAUUUGUAAAGAAAGCAAAUGUUUCCCAGAAUGACCUUGGUCUCCUCUCAUGCAAAGGAAGCCACAGCGGGCUGUGACCUGACACUUUUUGGGAAUGCAGCUGGGUUUUAUAUCUGCAACACAACAAAAAUAUGACACGAAUAAAGUAAAGGAGACGAAGGGAAUUAAAAAGCCGUUUUGUGUGUGUUGCACAUCCCUAACGGGUUGGUCUGAAAGUUACCAUGAUUAAGAACGCUUAAACUCUCCAAAAUGAAGAAUAUUGAGCUGGCAGUUGGGAAACUGAAAUUUGGAACUGAAAUUUGGUUGGAACUGAAAUUUCUCCAAAGGACACACAUGGGGGGCCCCUUGGACAAGGCACUUCAGCCGUCUUGGCUGUGUGAAUAAAAGUUGGGCUUCACUUGUAUCCUCAUUGCUAAACCAUCACUUGAUUGUGGAUAUUUUAAUAGCCAGCAGUAGCCAAAAUGGCUUACACACCCUUCUUGCUCCACCGGGUAAGAGAUCUGGGACCCAGCUGGCCAGCCUCCAGGGUAUAAAGGCAGCCACUGGAACCUUCUCCUCCUCUCCCUCCUGUCUCACCUGGCCAUUUACUGGUUUCUUGGUAACAGGUGAGGUGGCAAGUUUCCCUAUGAUGUCACUCCAGGCACUAGGUAGAAAAUGGGUGGUUGGGUCAUUUACCACAGGAAAAAGCGAUAGCCCGCUGCAGGUACACAGGGGGGUUCGUGCCGUGUGGGGAGGGUGACUUUCCCUAUUAUUUUAUCUGCUUUCCUCUUGCUACUUUGCUAUGUACCAAAUCUGAACCUACUGGGAAAACAGAGCCUUUGAAGAGUAUACUGGCCAGGAUGUCGGAUGUCAAAACCCGUUUCCUUGGUUUUGCUGUUGGACCUACAGAGAUCAAAACAACCCCUUUUUUGGACUACUGCAAAGUACUGUUUGUGGGGCUGCCCUGGAAGACUGUCUGGAAGUUUCACUGGGUAGAAAACUCAGUUGCCAGGCUGCUGGGAGAUCAAAUCCAAAUUCUCCAGUUGGUUGCCAUCUGUGCUGGUUACCAGCUUUUUUCCCUGGCAUGAAUCAAGGCUCUGGCUAUAAUUUUGUAACAGUGGAGCCACAGAAAGUGGGGUCUUUUUAAUGGUGGUGUCCGGAAUUUAUAAUAGUCACCUAGGGGCAGCAAAGACCACUUUCCGUCAGCUUUUCUCUCUGUGUGUGUGUGUGUGUGUGUUGCUUUUAAAUAAGACCUGAUUGUUCCUACUUAUGAUUCUUGGUUCAGAUGGUCUUGGUGAUGUUCUUUCUAAUGACUGUUUUUUAAUUGCAUAUUUAUUGAUAAUUGACUUGGGCUUUUUUAGCUGCCUUAAUUAUUUAUGCAAAGGGAAGUGUGUGUCUAAAUGCUGGAAAGAAAUCAAAUUUAUCCUGGCUCUCUGGCUAUAAUUCAGAGUAGAGUUAAGGAAAGGGAAAGAUAGGAAGGCUCACAAAAUUCAAAGUUCCACACCCUGACUCCCUGCUAUUUUCGUUAAAUAAAUUAUGCCCCUCCCUGUGAGAAAUGGCAGCUAAGGGGUUACACACAAAGCAAAGGGCUGGUCUCACUCUGGCCCCCUUGCUGACUGAAGCUCUGCUGUCAAACCUAUUCAAUUAGUAUUUUGUUAUUUAAACAGUGUUGUUGUGCCUUGCUGAUGCAUAUUAAUCUUUGUUGAUUAAUCACCUGCCUUUCAAACUGAUUGAAUGCAAAUGAAUUUGUAAACGAGAGAGUCUCUGUAUUUAGAUACUAGAGGAAUCUUGUUUAAUAAAGAAGAGCUAUUUCUCAAUGUCAGGA